AUGAUUAACCACUUCUAUCCCGACGGUGAUGAAUCCCAACCCCAGGACCUCGAUCCGUCGGACCAGGACUCGCAAUACGCUCCAACUCCUGGGUAUUACGAACACACGCCACCAUCAGAAUAUGGAUUCAGCCCUUCACCGAACCGUUGCCCACAGGACGGUUCCGAGCCCUUACUUUCAACCCCACCAGAAACCAAUAAGCUGCUUCAGCUCUCCGAGUGGGAAGCAAAUAGGCCAGACGACGAGCUUCCCGCAAGCUUUAUUCGGUAUACUAUCGAGUGGAAAGUCAAAGUGAAUAAUCGGUCCAUAUCAGAGGAUACGGAGCAGGACGUAGCGUUGACCCUAAGUGCUUACUGGCCCUUGACCCUCAGGGAUAAGCUGUAUAAGGUAAUCGAGGAGAAAGUUACGCGUAAACGAAGGGUUAGGUCCGACGACACAUCCAUUAUUGUGUCGAUCAACGAUCGCAAGCAACACGACCUGAAAAAACGGUUUAAUGGCCUCAAUAUUGACUGGUCCGCUGUGGAAAAACAAUUACUCGUUUAG